CAUGUGAUUCUAUUUCAAAAUAUUGGGUUCGGUUAUUUCGAAAUAAAUGAUUUUUUUAUAAAUGCUUAGAGAAAAAUAUUUUAACAGAGAAAUAACCUAUAUUUUGAUCCUAAUAAGCUCUUUUCCAUUGAUAUUUACGAGUAGCCAAAAAUCCGUCGAAAAUGAACGAGGUGUUAAGGAACCUAACAAGUGUGAAGUGUGCAAGUAUAUGGCAGCUGAAUUGCAGAAGAGAAUUGAUUUAACUGGUAAAUCUAAGGAAACAUUGAAGAUAGGUUCAAGCUUAAUGGAUGAGUCUGCAUAUAGAGUCAAGAAAUAUGAAACAUCGGAAUUAAGAUACAUAGAAAUAACAGAAAAACUAUGUGAACACAUAUUAGAAUAUAAUGUUCAUAAGGAAAGAUUGGGUAGUAGGAGGUAUGCCAAAGGAAGAAGUGAGACUAUGUCAACUCUGCAUGGAUUAAAAGAUAGAGGUGUUAAAGUUGAACUUGGAAUUCCAGAACAAUUAUGGGAUUCUCCUUCAGCUGAAAUAACAGACAUGAAAAGAAAAUGCGAUUAUUUUAUGGAGACGUAUGAAGAUGUGAUCGAGGAUUGGUAUUACCAUCAUAACAGCUUGCCCAUUCUUGAUUACUUAUGCAAAGAGCAUAUAUUGGUCAAUGACGAACAAGAAUGUCUAUCUGAGGUUUGGACAGGGCAAGAAAAAGUGAACUACGAUGAUGAAGCUAGUCAGAGAAAAAGCCUUAAUGAUGGAGAGGAAGAAAAGGUAAAUAUUACAGAUAAAGCCCAGCCAAAGACAGAACUUUAAAGAAAAAUUCUAAUUUUUUUUUUAAAUCUUAGUCUUGUAUAUUUUUGUACAUAACAUAAUGUUUUAUAAAUAUGGCAAUAAUUAUAAAUAGUUAAAUUCUGUGAUAUAAUAUUUUAUUUAUUCAAAUGCUUCCAAAUUUUUAAUAUACCACUGAUUUAUAAUUUAUUAUU